AUGGGUACAAACAUUACCAUAAAGCUGUUGCUUUUUUUGUCAACUCGCCGUUUCGCUGGCUACUCGAUUGUACCAGGUAUGGACUUGAUUACUUUUAUGUGUUGCAAGUGCGAGGUCUUUCUUGAGUUUUGCAUGCAUCUUACAAGGGAAGUGUUUUGGUUGAAGCUCUCAGAUUUUCCUUAAUGUUUUAACUGCCAGUCUGUCGGGAAAAUAAUGAGCACGAUGUCUCUUCGCCGAUUGCGUCGCUGAAGUGAAAAGCAAUUUGAUUUUCCCGUAACAAAAUUCAUUUUCUCGCCGCCGAUGCGACUUUUGAUGCGUCAGAGUGCUCAUUGUUAGAGAGUAGGCGAAUGCCGAGUGCGGUCAGAGAUAAACAGACUUUUCGGCCAUAUCUUUGCCAAUAUCGAGCGAAAAAAGUUGAUUUUUUGUGGAAACGUCCGAUCUACGGUAGAAAUAAAUACGAAACAUUUCAUUGCCAUAGUCGCAAAAAAAUUUAAAAUUUUUGCCAUUUUUGGACAAAAAAUCUCGGGUUUUUUUGCAAAGCGUAUCGGAAUUUCAACCACUUUUUCCGUCAGAAUAGUACGCAAACUUUUCUGACAACCAUGAUCAAUGUCAAGUUUAUGCACUUGAGAUCACAAAUUUUAUGAUAAUUUGGGUCUAAACUCCAUCGUCCCUGAAUCAGACGGCUCUUGUAGCAUGUGAUCCACAAAACAGUCGGUCAAUAAACACAAUUCGAAACGACUCCACGGAGAAAGUUUUGCCUUUUUUGGUGGAAGAGCGACUGAUAACGCACUUUCCAACCGAAGCGGAUGGAAUUUUGCGAGGGAAACGGGCCGAUUGAUUUGACCUCAGGCAUGCGGAUUUUAUGAGUCUCGUCGGUGCUUUUGUUUGAUAACGACAAUUUGCUGGAUGUUUUCGUUUUUGAAAUGGGUCUGCGUAUCAAAAAAAAUUGAAGUCGGUUUGUCGGGAAAAUAAUGAGCAAUGUCGCUGUCGUGUCGCUGAAGUGAAAAACAAUUUGAUUUUCUACGCGACACAAUUCAUUUUUUUUCCGGUGGCGAUGCGAUUUUCGCUGCGACAGAGUGCUCAUUAUUUUCCCGACAGACUGAUAAUAUUUUUUAUUAAGUGCAUGGACAUUUGCCGCAGCCCGCACCGUGCGCAAAAAACAGUCAUUUUGCACCGUGCAGUUCACUUUUUUUUAGAUUUCGCUUUUGCACUGUGCAUUGGAAAUAUCGCCGCGACGAAGCUUUUUUUCAAGUGCGUUGUCGCGGUUUUGCUGGAAAAUUUGCACAGUGCAAACGGUUUUUUGACGGUUGCACUGUGCGAAAAGAAAAAAGGGCUCGUCUGCACUGUGCAAAAAAGAAUUUUUUCGAGGUGCGCACUGUGCAAUUUGGGCGACAGCUUAUUUCGCACAGUGCAAGCGGAAAGAUCGAUCGCACAGUGCGAACGGCUUUUUUUGAAAUCUGCACUGUGCGAAAAGAUAAAAAUGCACUGUGCUGUGGCGACAAGCCUGCGAAAAAGUUCAAAAUGCACUGUGCGAAAGGGAAAAAAUUUUCUGCAUAGUGCAAAAAAUUUGGCGCGGGGAAUUUGCACAGUGCGAACGACUUUUUUUUUGAAAUCUGCACUGUGCGAAAAGAUAAAAAUGCACUGUGCGUUGGCGACAAGCUUGGGAAGAAGUUCAAAAUGCACUGUGCGAAACAGAAAAAUUGUCCAUGCACUUUAUGAAAAGACUAAUAAAUAUUUUACGAACAAAAAAUUUUAUAGCCAUCAUUUUUGGAAAAAUCGAUUUUUUCGGAAUUUUAAAAAAAUUAAAUUUUGAUCAAUCACAAAUGUUACAGUAUCAUCUUUAACUCUCUUCGAAGGCCCUCAACCUGUCAGUCAAAUCUUCCUUUUUUGGUAUUGUGAAAACCUUUUCCGUGAAAUUUACAAACCCUCCGACGCUUAUCAGUCCUCCACAAACAAGACAUUUCCAAAGUUUGCAUUUGCUUUUCGGGGCCCGGAAUACAUCUUUGAUAUUCUGGUUGGGGGAACAAAUAAGGUGACCGGGUUGUUUUUGAUUAUUUUGGUUGGGAAUUGAAAAUAUUUUGUGUGCGUUAUCAGUCUGUCGGGAAAAUAAUGAGCCUAUUGUCGCUGCGACAAGCGCAUCGCUGCAGUAAAAAGCAUUUUGAAUUUCGAACAUUCUUUUGUCAGCGCUGACGCUGAAUUUUAUUUUUUUUUACUUUUAAAAUACGAUGGUUUAUCUAAUAUAUUCAUAAUAUCAAUUUCAGCCACCAUGGUGAUCGGCUUGAGUGGCCAUUACGGGAAGCUUGGCGCUCACGUCGGCGCACGGCCACAUUUGUUCCUCGCACUCGCCCUUCUCCUCAGUUCCCCCGCAUUUUUCGGUCUAUACUUCUAGUAAGUGCCUCGGUAACUCACCUACAACACACUCCAAAAUUUAGUCCAUACCUCGACGUUCGAUUAUCCGAUCAAUUCAUCGAGGAAUAUGCCGAUUCUAUCGAGGAAAUCAAAGCUCAACAGACGUUCUUCAACUUGAAGGGAGAGCCGUGGUACAUGGCAAUGUUCGCAAUAGCCAAGAAGGGGCAAAAUAUGUUGGAUAUGGGAAGCUACAACAAGGCCGCCAGGUUUUACGAGUCCACGUUGGCGAUGAAUUUGACGGUCGAUGGAGAGCGCUACAAUUUUACGCAACUUUGCAAACCAUUGUGUGGGCUGAAUGAUCAACUGGUCAAGCUGAUGGUAAGAAUAUUAAAUUUAUAUCCAAUCUAUCAGUUUCUGUCGGUGACUUAGAUGAGACCAGUUAUCAUUUAGAGUUGGUUUCCGCAAGAAUAGAAAGAAAAGCCAUCAAACCGUUCGUCGCUUUUCGUUUAGGGAAACUUCAUUUCUCUGACUGUCUGCAGUCUCCUCAAACCUGUGAUCUUAUAUCAGUCUGUCGGGAAAAUAAUGAGGACAGCGUCGCUGCGCAAUUCGCGUCGCUGAAAUGAAAAGCAACUUUUUUGCCGCGACGCAAUUCAUUUUCUCGGCGGAGAUGCGAUCUUUGAUGCGACAGAGCGCUCAUUAUUUUUCCAAUUUCUGUUACAUCUCCAUUUUCCAGGACUACGCCUUCUUCGCCGAGAUAAAAUGGCCGGUUUCGAAGGUGAUGGGCUAUAACGUCAACAUCGGCAAACAUUUCUUCAAUCGCACGGUAGAUAAUAGGACUGGAGAGCUGGUGGGCGCCGAGAUUCUUGCGUUUUACUACACGGCGAUGCAAACCGACCAACUUAGCACCAACAAGUUGAGGGUGUUUGAGCAAGAGGUAAAAAGGUGGGUAAAAAUUACAUAAUCUAUCAGUAUGUCGGAAAAAUAAUGUGGAUUUGUCGCAAAAUGCCUUCGGUCUGUCGGGAAAAUAAUGUGGAUUUGUCGUAGAGUGUCUUCAGUCUGUCGGGAAAAUAAUUUGGAUUGUCGAAACAUGUCUUAAACCUGUCGGGAAAAUAAUGUGGAUUUGUAGCAAAAUGUCUCGCACAUCAAAUUUCCGGCAAAAUUUUGCCAUCGCAACUCGACGAUUGGGCAAUUUCAAGGAGCGACAAAUCCACAUUAUUUUACCGACUGGCUGAAAAUGGAUUUUUAAAAUAAAAUUGCAAACAUUUAUCUAAUUUCAGGCUGGCCAAGCGCAUCAACAAAGACCCAGAAAGCCCGAUUGAGAUCGUUGUGCACGGCACCAACAUUGUUGGUGACCAAAUCAAAGGCGGAGUCGUCAAAACGGCGAAUUAUUUGGCUAUCGGUAAGAUCCAAGACGGUUUUUGGCUCUGUCGGGAAAAUAAUGAGCAUUCUGUCGCAGCGAAAAUCGCGAGAAAAUAAAUUGUGUCGCGGAAAAAUCAAAUUGCUUUUCACUUCAGCGACAUGAUUAUUUCAGCGACAUUGUGCUCAUUAUUUUCCCGACAAACUGAUAUUUCGUAAAUUUCCUUCAAAUUUUACAUUUUCAGGUCUUUCCGUUUCGAUGGUGGUGUUCCUGGUGUUAUUCUCGAUGUCAGCGCUGGCCCGCGACUCCUUCAACGUCUCUCGAUUUGUUCUGGCUUUAUUCAGCACAGCGUUACUUCCAUUUUUAUCGGUCUGUGUGGGCAUUGGGUACUUGUCAUUGCUGGGAUACUCACUGAAUCUUCUGUUCGUCAUGUCGCCGAUCAUGAUCCUGUUUUUGCUGAGCCGUAAGUUUUUUUGGACAGAGAAAUUAGCGAUUUUAAACCGCGACGAAUCCACAUUAUUUUCCCGACAGACGGAUAUCAAGAAAAUCAAAAAAUUCCAUCAAAAACUUAAUUUUUUUUGAGUCUAAAAAUGCCUCAGGCAACUCCCAAAUUUUUUUUCUGCGAAGCGAAAAAAUGUCCAUGCACUUAAUGAAAUUACUAAAAGUUAACUUAUUCCUCUUUACUCCAGAUUUCCACGCCAUUCUCCACAUCUUCUCCACGUUCGACGAUCAACAGGCCAACGCCAAGCGCUCGCAAUGGAAUCGCGCCGAGACCCUGGGCGCCUUAUUCGAGCGAAUUGGGCCUGUCAAUCUUCUGACCAACUUGGUGCCAGUGUUCGGCCUUUUAUCCGGCUCAUUGUUUGUCUCGCCGGGAUAUGCGUCGUUCUUCUUGGCCAUCGGAAUCGCCUUGUUUUUCCAUUGGGUCUACCAAAUCUUUGUCGUAGCCCCGUUGUUGGCGUUGGGUUUGGCGAAUACGACGAAACAGUAUCAGCCAGGACUGGGGAAUGGCAAGAAAUUGUCGACCGUUAGCCUUGCAAAGGUGGGUGUUGAAAAUAAUGGUAUUUGCUGGAUAAAGGCUAACAUGUGACAUAUCACUCUGUCGUGAAAACAAUAGUGUUUUGCCGCGACACAAUUCAUUUUCUCCGCGGCGAUGCGAUUUUUGAUUCCACAAAUUGCUCAUUAAUUUCCCGACAAAGCCGAUCUGGCCUAACCGUUGUCUGAAACAAUUUCCUAAAACUUGGCCCUUAUAGUAUAACUUCCUUCAAUUUGGCCAAGCUUUUCAAAAUUAAUCUUAAUCUUGCAAAGCUAAGUCAAAUAUGAAAAAAACCUUCAUGCCUAUAAUUUUUACUCAAAGUUUCAAAAUUUGAUCAUUUCAAAACUGUCACAAGUCCGGUUUUUUGGGAUAUACAGUGGGCGGCCUGAUCCAUUGGGAAAAAAACGUACCAUUUUGUAUCCGGGAAGUACCAAAACCGCAGCAAAAUACCUCCCUCUCCAAGUGAAAAAACUCGGAUUUCAAAGGCGCGCCCUUCAAAACGAAGGUUUUUCACUUGGAGAGGGAAGCAUUUUGCCACAUUUUUGAUACUUCCCGGAUGGAAAAAGGUACGUUUUUGCCACUGGAUCAGGUCCCGCACUGUACCUCUUUGGCAAUUUUGUGUUCACGCGAAUCGUUUUUUUCAGGCCGAAUCAGCAUGUCAUCGAGUUGUUGUCCAGCCAUAUUCAAUCAUUCUAACCUCGGCACUGGGAAGGAUCGCUCUUUUCGCGCUGCUACUUUUGUUUCUGGGAUUCCCAGUUCGGAUUGGGUUGGAGAACCUCAAAUCAGACAUGGAUUUCCGCACCAUCCUGUCGGAUUCAGCGCCAGCGGUUCGAGGAUUUGGCCUGGUUGACAAGGUAAGUGGAUUCUGGGUGCUAGAACAGUUCUGCAAACGCUUCCUUUCUUUUUAAUCUGUUAUUUUUUUCAGAUUUGGAAUGAUUUCCAUCAAAUCGUCUUCUUUGUUCGAAGCCCGCCGGAUUUCUCAACGAAAGAAGGCUACGGAGCAUUCAGGGUGAGCUGCAGUUUUUUUAUCUGAUACGCACAGUGAAUUUUUGUCGCGCCGCACAGUGCGCUUUUAUCGCGGAUGCACAGUGCGUUUUCUUCGCCGGCACAUAGAGCAUUUUUGUUGCGCGCACAUUGCAUUUUGCCACGUUCUGCACGGUGCACCCGGUGCACAACCCACUUUGAACCAUCUUGCACUGUGCAAUUGCCUGUCGCUCUCGAUAUGCCGGUUGCACAGUGCAAAAUGUCAAAAUGCACGGUGCAAAAAGCGGGUUUUUUACAUGAUGUUGCCCUGCGACAAAAAGUCUUCGCACUUUAUGAAAACGCUAGCAGUUAGAAGAUACCACUUUUUUGUCCAUAAAUUUCAAAAAUCUCAACGUUUACAUUUAGAAAUUCAUCGAUGACGUGGAGCACAUCCCCAAUUCUCAUAGCCCAGCGGCCCAUCAAAGCUGGGUGUUCGAUUACUUCCCGUCCGAGCUGAAAAUGGAUUAUCAUUCCGAAAACGCGACAAUUUACCCUCCAAACAUGACUCAUUUCAACAACUUUAUCAACGGAUUCCCAUACGACGCCUGGAAGGAUGGGAUAAAAUACAGAUUUGAUGAUCUGAAUAAGUAGGUUUUCAACAUGAAUUUACAUCUUUUUUUCAGAACAAAACCCGUGAUUCUCCGGAUGGUUGCCAUGAUCGCGUAUGAAAAAGUCAAGGGCUUGGAUGGUAAACGCACGCUGCUCAAAGCCUGUCGCAAAGCAGUGAAGGCGAACCCGUCAUUAAACGUGGUGUCCUUCGACACUGACUCAAUAAAUGUCGACAUUAUGGAGAACGUUUUGCCAACAUUUUAUAUGUGAGUUGAUGAAGAUACGACUUACUUAUUGCGCCAUAUUUUCAGCGUUCUCACCGCGUUUUUGGUCUCCACUUUUGUCGUUUCAUUCUUCGUGGUGUUCAACUUUGUGAUGUCGUUUUUGGCAGUAAUUGGAGUUGCCUUUGUGGGUGCGACAACCCUCGGACUGACCGUCUUUUUGACCAGUUUUCACUUCGAUCUCCUCAGUUUGUCCUCGUACAUUUUGGUUGCAAUUUUCGGCCUUCAAAUCAGUCUAGCGUUUGUUGGUGACUUCUUGACGGUCUGGGCACACGAAAAUCGAGUGCAGCGGGCGAUUGGAAGCUGUGGCACCCACGUGUUGAAGGUAAGCCAAAGCAAAAUGUUCUUUGUCUCAGUCUGCCGGGAAAAUAAUAAGCAUUAUGCCUCAUGGAAAAUUAUUGUACAUAUUUUGCAGGCCGCCCUCCUCGCUGCCGUCAUGUUCAGUUUCCUCUUGCUGUCGGAGGUCCAACUCUUCAGACGGCAGGGCAUUCUGGGCCUGCUCACCACACUCGCCGGCCUUUUGAGUGCCCUCCUCGUGCAACCGUUGAUCGGCGGAAUCAUUCCGACCAAACUUAUCUCACAAGAGUUUUGCAUUUAA